AUGUUGGAUGAUGGGGAGAAGAAACUACACCUGAUCAAGUCACGCCUAAACCAAGAACAAGUUGAGGACGACGUGUGCCGACAAAAUUACGGUGAUAAAAAGUGGGCUCGUCCUCUGUCCUCUUCAUUCAAUCGAAAAUUUCGAGCAGACAUGUAUCGGUGUUUCAGUUUGGUGAGGGAGGCAAAAACAUCCGAUCGUACGGCUCGAGAUAAGCUCAAUGAAAACCAGGAAAAGUUGGAGGCAUUGUCGCGGGAUAAGGCAAGUCUUGAUCAUGAGUUGCCAGAGUUACAGCAAAACAACUUCAGCUGUAAGGAAGAGAUAGCAUGUGUGUCUUCGCUGUUUUCGCACCUUGAACGACAUGUGCAGGAAAAACACCACGUCUUAUAUGAUUUUAGACAUUCUUACAACAAUUUUGACGCUCUUCCUGAGCUACUGAGUGGGAAAAAUGCUGGCGCCGUCUUUACCGAUACUGCAUUCGAAACCGAAAAGCAGUCUUUAUGCGAUGAAUUUGAGAGGAGAAUUUCUUCUAUAUGUAAAUUGGAGCGCUAUAUGCUCCAAGAGAUAGUAAAGGCCAACGCUCGUUUUGAAGCAAAGAAAGAGAUCAGUCAUGUGCUGCGCGAGCGUCAAACGUUUCUUCAAUAUUUGAACGAUGGUGCUGACGUUUUCGAACAGCUUCAUUCGCACGUCGAAGAAAAAAAAGUUUUACGAUGA